AUGACACGAGCAACCGCAACCUGGAACGGAAAAGUUAUCGCCGACACGGAGUCAUUUGAAAAGGUUGAAGGAAACAUUUAUUUCCCGGCUGAUUCGAUCCGCAGAGAGUUCUUCAAGGAGUCUUCCCACGAGACCAUCUGUGGCUGGAAGGGAACCGCGAACUACUACAACAUCGAGGUCGAUGGCAAAGUCAACAAGGAUGCAGCAUGGUACUAUGCCCAGCCCAAGGAUGCGGCCAAGAACAUUACAGGCAUGGUUGCCUUUUGGAAAGGUGUUGAGGUCAGUUCGUAA